AUGGGUCUGAGGACAGCCCUGGUUCUUUCUGCACAUCUGCUGCUCACACUGCGUCUGCAAGUGGAGGCUCAGGCGCUGGUGUAUGACCUGCUGACCUCCCCAGACUGCCUGCCGGACCUCCUGCAGGGGGGUCUGGCGGAGCAGGGGGUGAACGAGGCGUUUAUUCUCACCUCCUUCAGACUUCAGCCAAAGACCGGCACCACCGUCUUCAGUCUGUUCAACCCCAGAGACAACAGCAAAUACUUUGAGUUCACGGUGAUGGGGAAACUCAACCGAGCGGUGCUGCGAUACCUGCGCAGUGACAAGAGGAUGAGCUCAGUGACCUUCAACAACCUGGUGCUGGCUGAUGGACAGUUGCACAAGCUGCUGUUCCAUCUGAAGGGGCUGCAGCAGCAGAGCCAGGCCGGGCUGGAGCUGCACCUGGACUGCAGACUCGUGGAGACCGUCAGGGACCUGCCCGCCGCCUUUCAGGGGCUCCCCGCUGGGUACGGCAUCGUGGACCUCAAGACCAUGCAGGCCCGGGACCAGGAAGGUAUCGAGGAGCUAAAGCUGGUCGUUGGUGACACGUUUGAGAGUGUGGCAUCGUUACAAGACUGUCAUUUUCAACAAAGAGAUGCAGUUCAAACUUUGGGAGUCAACACGAAGCAGUUGUCCAAUCAGAUGCUGGAGUUAACGAAGGUGAUUAACGAACUCAAAGACGUCCUCGUUCAGCAGGUUAAGGAGACUUCUUUUCUCCGCAACACCAUCUCAGAGUGUCAGGCUUGUGGACUGGGAGGUACUGAUAUCGUGAAGCCCAGGUGUGGUCCAGGCGUGUGUUUCCGUAAAGACAUGUGCAUGGAGACGGCGGAUGGCGUGGAGUGCGGCCCGUGUCCCGAUGGCUACACGGGAGACGGCUUCAACUGCGACGAUGUGGACGAGUGCCAAUUUAACCCGUGCUUCCCUGGAGUGAAGUGUGUGAACACAGCUCCGGGUUUCCGCUGUGACGUCUGUCCUCUGGGUUACUCUGGACACGAGCUGGAGGGAGUCGGCAUCGUGUUCGCUCAAACCAACAAACAGGUCUGCGAUGACGUCGACGAAUGCAAAGGACCUGAAAAUGGAGGAUGCACCCAAAAUUCACACUGCCACAACACUCAAGGCUCCUACCAGUGUGGCAGCUGCAAGACCGGCUUCACUGGAGAUCAAGUAAAAGGUUGUAAGCCUGAGAUAAGCUGCGGCAACAGUCUCACAAACCCGUGUGAUGUCAACGCUCUGUGUAACGUGGAGAGAGACGGAUCCAUAUCCUGCAAUUGUGGAAUUGGCUGGGCCGGUAAUGGAUACCUCUGUGGAAAGGAUACUGACAUUGAUGGAUACCCAGACGAAAAACUCAAAUGCAGGGACCAGUCUUGCAGAAAGGAUAACUGCAUCUUCGUUCCUAACUCCGGACAAGAAGACGCCGACAAGGACGGCAGCGGAGACGCAUGUGACAACGACGCAGAUGGAGACGGCAUUUUAAAUGAGCAGGACAACUGUUGGCUGAAGCCAAACGUGGACCAGAAGAACAGCGACAAAGACAAUCACGGAGACGCCUGUGACAACUGUGUCCGAGUGGAAAACCCGGAUCAAAGAGACACGGACAGAGACGGCCGCGGAGACGCCUGCGAUGACGACAUGGACGGAGACGGCUUGAAAAACUUCUUGGACAACUGCCAACUGGUGCCCAAUACGGACCAGGUGGACCGAGAUGGAGAUGGUGUGGGAGACGCGUGUGACAGCUGCCCUGACAUCUCCAAUCCCAACCAGUCUGAUGUUGACAACGACUUGGUGGGAGACUCCUGUGACACCAAUCAAGACAGCGAUGGAGACGGUCACCAGGACAGCAAGGAUAACUGUCCGCUCGUCAUCAAUAGCUCGCAGCUGGACACUGACAAAGACGGUUUGGGAGACGAGUGCGACGACGACGACGACAACGACGGAAUCCCAGACAGUAUUCCACCUGGUCCCGACAACUGCCGCCUGGUCCCGAACCCAGACCAGAUCGACGACAACAAUGACGGUGUUGGAGACGUGUGUGAGUCAGACUUUGACCAGGACAAAGUGAUUGACAGGAUUGAUAACUGCCCCGAGAACGCAGAGGUCACACUCACAGACUUCAGAGCUUAUCAGACCGUGGUCCUGGACCCAGAGGGAGACGCCCAGAUCGACCCCAACUGGGUCGUGCUGAACCAGGGAAUGGAGAUCGUGCAGACCAUGAACAGUGAUCCAGGGCUGGCUGUCGGCUACACGGCCUUCAGCGGCGUGGACUUCGAGGGGACGUUCCAUGUGAACACGGUGACUGACGAUGACUACGCUGGCUUCAUCUUCGGUUACCAGGACUCCUCCUCCUUCUACGUGGUCAUGUGGAAACAGACGGAGCAGACGUACUGGCAGGCCACGCCCUUCAGAGCGGUGGCAGAACCCGGCAUCCAGCUCAAGGCGGUGAAGUCCAGGACAGGACCAGGAGAGCAUUUAAGGAACUCCUUGUGGCACACGGGAGACACCAACGACCAGGUGCGACUGCUGUGGAAAGACCCCCGGAACGUCGGCUGGAAGGACAAGGUUUCCUAUCGCUGGUACCUGCAACAUCGGCCACAAGUCGGAUACAUCCGAGCUAGGUUUUAUGAAGGCACUGAGCUGGUGGCAGAUUCUGGUGUGACCAUCGACACCACCAUGAGAGGAGGGAGGCUCGGAGUCUUCUGUUUCUCUCAAGAAAAUAUAAUAUGGUCCAAUCUGAAAUACCGCUGUAACGACACGAUCCCAGAGGACUUCCAGGAGUUCAGCUCUCAACACGGAGGCGACUCAUUUUGA